AGAUUGUGAUAGGAAAAGUUCCGAGCCUUGUGCAUUUGUGGACCCAUCUCAUGAGUGCACGGCGUCUGUCGCGCCUCAAAUUUGGGUUUUGGGGCGUGACAGAUUUAGUGCACCUCCAGAUUGAGUGGCAUCAGAGCAGAUUGAGUGAUAUCCGAGCCUAGGUUUAAUUGAAUACCUAGGAUUUGUUUUGGACUUGGCUAGCCAGUGGAUUUUAGACCCGUGGUGAGAUGAGUGAUGGGGUUAUAUAAGAGAUGAUUCUGAUUCGUGUUCCCUGAAUUUUCUAAUCCAUUUUGAUGAGAUGGCAAUCUGAUUGUUCUUGUUUCUUUCCUUCAUACUCUGUGUGAAGUUGUGAAAGUAAUCUUGCCCGUUAUGUCCUGAAGACCUUGUUUUGAAACUUGGUCAUUUUCUGAUAGUUCGCACUUGUUUAGACUUGUUAUUUGAAUAGAAUUUUUGUGUGCUCUUUUGCCACAAUUAUAAAAUCUAGGGAGUUGCAAAGAUCUUUUGUUAUUGAUCCUGUUGGAGGGGUGACGGUUAUUAGAAGAUACCUAUAUGAGGCAUCUUGAUUCCUAUCUCUUGCAAGUGUUAAUCUUUGUAUCCUUGAUGUCUUAGUUUUGACUUGACUCUAGGAUGUCUAGGAUGACUUGAUUGUAAAUCUACUUAGCCCCCAUAGGCUACGAGGUGAAGGGGUAGUCUUUGGAGUACUUAAUGCCCUAGAGUUUUGUUCAAAGAGAAAUGGUUCUUUUAUUUAACUGUUUUGAUUUUUGUUUGCCCUUUUAAUUAGGAGACAGUAAUCUUCUAAGCAUCUUGAUCCUAGCCAUUGCUUUGUUCUGUUAAUUAAUUCUAAUACUUGAGGUGCUAGAUCUUGACAUCCUGAUUAUAUCUGCUCUUGAAUCCUUGUUCUCAUUGUCAUUAUUGAAACCUCUUUUGAUUUAUUUUUAUUCCUUGUGCUUCCCAUGUCACCCCAGCCCCUUGUAGCCUAUUUCAUGAUAAAUCUUGUUAAGUAGUUAGUGUUCUGCUUUUAUGAUUUGUUGUGAUUUGAUAUCAGAGUGGCGCAACGGAAGCGUAAUAGGCCGUGUUUUGUUCAUAGAAAGUGAGUGAGGCAUUUGUUUUGUCUUGGAUUGUGUGAAGCCAUUCACCACUUGAUAUGGUCCUCAAUUUGAGUUUUGGGGACAAAACUCCUUUUUAGGAGGGGUGAGUGUAAUAUCCCAAAUUUUCGUGAAUAUUUAAGUGUAAGUUAAGGACUUGAUUGUGAGAAAAGAUUGUUUUGGGGCCUAAUGUGAAUAUUUCAAAAG